GCGUGCGCAUCUUACUUGGCGCCAGGCGCAUGCGGUCAUUCUAGAUACCUAUGAAAAUAUGUAAAAUGGCCGAGAAUUUUAUCUAAUGGCACUUGUUAUAAUUCCAGUUUCCACCUUCAUGCAUUAAUAUAAACAGACAUUACGUCAACAGUUUCUCAAAGGUGAAACCAUGCCUGGGCGCCAUUCCCCUGACCCUGAGGCAGCCAAGAAGAAAGUCACCCCGACUAACACUACUUCAGCUUGUAGUAACAUUAAAAGUGGCGAGAUAUUCACCGACAUAGCUGGCAAACAGUGGCGAGUGGGAAAGUCCGUAGGGGUUGGUGGUUUUGGUGAAAUUUAUGUGGCUUCGGAUGUGUUGAACAAAGAAGUGGGCAAUGAUGCUCCAUAUGUCGUCAAAGUUGAAAAACACACAAAUGGGCCUUUGUUUGUUGAAAUCAACUGCUACUUAAGGAUUGCUAAGGAAGAUAUGAUUGUUGAAUGGAAGAAAAUGAAGAACCUGCCACAUCUGGGAAUGUCACAUUACAUCGCCUCAGGUUCACAUGUCGUCGGUGAAGAGAAGUAUCGCUUUCUGGUGAUGCCCAAAUAUGCGAAGGAUCUGGAAACAAUACUCAAAGCAAAGAACACUUUCAAUCUAAAAACAGUUUUAACCAUAUCACAUCAAAUCACUGAUGUACUGGAGUACAUUCAUAGUUGUGGAUAUGUGCACUCAGAUAUAAAGGCCCCCAACAUAAUGUUGGGCUCUAUGGUUCAGAAAGCCAGAGAAAUGCCCAUACGAUCAGUUCGGACAAUGCGCACUCGUAAUGCGUCUAUAAUAAUUAAAAAACCUAAACGGUUAAGAAAUUUAAGACCUAUCAAUGUAGUAAAGUACAUAGAUGACAUACCAGACUUUGAUUAUUUUCUUAAAAUGAUGAACGACGAUAAGAAUUCCAGUCCAAAAUCUGCGGUGAGGAAUAACAACCAAGCCAGAAAUUGUGAUAAGAUCUAUUUACUGGACUACGGACUUGCUUCCAAAUAUUUGCUCUCCAGUGGUGAACACAAGGACUUUUGUCCAGACGAACGCAAGGCACACGCGGGCACUUUGAUGUUUUGUUCUCGGGAUGCUCACAAAGGUGCUCCGUCCAGACGCUCCGACCUGGAAUCUUUAGGAUACAAUAUGAUUUAUUGGUUGACCGGCAGUUUGCCAUGGGCCGAGGACACCGACGAUCCCGAUCGUGUCGAGCGUAAAAAGAACAAAUGUCUUCAAGACAUACCAAACUUCCUUAAUUUUUGUUUCAACGGUGAAUGUCCCAAAUUUCUCAUGGAUUACUUUAUUUACGUAGGCAAACUCGAAUUUCAACAGCGCCCGGAUUAUAAUUUCUGUCGAAGGCUGUUCAGUAGGGCCGUUACCGAAUACGGAUAUAAGGACGAUCUGAAAUUGGACCUUCAAAAUUUGAGUGGCUGGGGCAAGAAGCAGAAGAGACUUAAGAGCCGUGGACGGGAGAACAUAGUGCCCCGCCUUCUUAUUUCAGUUAAAUCUCCUAAGUUACUUUUACCUUCCACCAUAUCUUUUAAGAAGCCAAAACUGAGAAGAAAGAACAAAGAAGAUAAACAAAUUUUGCACGACUCAUUGAUGAAUUGGUCAAGAAUUUUGAUGGACAAUCCGGAUGACCUGCUGAAGGCGGCGCGAGUGCGCAAGAAUACAGAGGGCAGCGAUUCCGGAGGACCCUCCAUUCAGGAUCUUGACAUUGCGGAAAUGAACCCCACCCAAGCCAUGCUAGAUGUGUACAACAGAUGUUUGGAACGUGGCGACAAUUCACCAAAACAUCGGGGAGACAGUGGUAUGCCACACAUUGAAGGCUACACCCCAGCAAUGAUGCAAGUGUACGUCAGAAAAAUGGAGCGGGAGUUGUUGGAGGAAGAACGCAUUGCGAAUGAAGCGCGAAAGAGGGCGAAGAGUACAAGGAAGGCGCCCAAAAGGGUGGGUCGACAUACCAAAACAAAGCCGGCGCCGUCACCGACACGAACGUCGCCGAUUAAAACACGAACGAGGAAAGCUCAAGCGAUAGUUAAUACGAAAAAGGUUGUGACUAAAAAAGCAAAAACUAUUCCUACUGGUGGCCGACCGUAUAGUUUAAGAGGAUAACUGGAUUGAUUGUUAACAAUUAGAUGUAUUUAUAAUUAAGUAACAAUUAGUAUUGAUAAUUUCACAAGACUGGCUUCUACAAUGUGAAUGCGGCUUUCAUUAUUAUGGAAACUAUGCAUCAUUCACAUUGUUCCUUUGAUUAAGUUGUUAUGUUUUUAUGGAACAGAUUGCCAAAUUAUGUUGAUGCAGAGUGGUCCAUUAAAAUUAAAAUGUCAAUGGCAAACUGAACGUGAAAGUUUAUUAUAAUCAAUGUUUAACGGAUUUAGAAAAUUUUUUGUAGAAAAUUUAAUGUAGUAUGUGUCAUGACAUAUUCAGGUUGUUAGUAAAACUUGUUUUGUUCUUCAUGUAAGUUUAAUAUAGAAUGACUAGUUUUGUAAAUCAUAUUUAUGUAUUCUCUAACUUAUUUUUAUAUAUGAUAAAAGAGUUGCUUUAUUGGAAGAUAAACUAAAGACUGAGAACAUUUAUAUAUAAGCUUUAUUAACAGCCUGGAUUAUGUAAUCAAAAUUUAGGAUCUUGAAUCUAGUCAAAUGAGUAUUGAUUUAAGUUAUUAUUUAGAAGCAUUGUUCUUUUUAUGAUCAUCAUAUGCUCUGUACUCGCAAUACUCUUAAACAAAUUAUAUGUGUAUGUUCUAUUGAGAAGGGUUUUUGUUUAGGACUUGUCUGAGUGUUAAUUUGUGAUGUCUGAUGUAUCUUUAGCUAUUUUAAUUAACGACUCAUAAGACAAUUGAUGUCCAAAAAUACUUCUCAAUUGCAAUCUGUGUAUAUUAUAUUAUGUUCAUUCUUAAAUUAAAAUUUAUGUUCAAGGUUCAAUUAAUUGAUCCUCAGAAAUCUGUUUCCAUUUUAUAACUAUUUGUUGUCCCAUUCUGUGAUUUACUUAUUUUUAUAUGUCUAUUACAAUUAUGUAUAUGUAAAAGUAAAUAUUAAGUUAAUA